AUGGUCUCAGAGGAGCUCCUGGAGGACUGUCUCCAGAUCCUCCAGGAUAAGGCUCUUGAUGAAGAAGACCAGGUUGAGAAGAUUGAGGACUUUCUCCGGGAAAAGACCUCCCUAUCAGGCACAUCACUCGAAAAUGCCGUCCUCGACAUCCUCUGGCGGCAUCGAAAUCGCACAUUACCGGAUUCCUCCCCGCCACCGCCGCGUCACACGGUUAUCCGACGCUCCUCUCCGGCCCCUUGGCAGAUGGCCCGCUCCUCUACUCCCCUGUCACCCCAUUCGAACCUAGGAACCAGUCCUGGGAGUACCUCGUGGCUGCAAAGCUCCAAAGGUGCACGCCCGCCUCUAUCCUCCACUGUAUCGCCAUUCACCUCGCCUCGCCCGUCGCCAAGGCUAGCUUUAGCGCAACCUAUACCGCAUUCUCCGAAUCUAAACGCAUAUGAAUUCUCGGACCAAAGCCAUGUGUCGGACUUCUACGGUGAUUUUGGCAGCGAUAGUAAUGUGGACUGGUUAGUGGCGGACGAUGCGAUGAGCACAACCUCCUCGCUGGGUGGCCUGAGCAUGCACGGCGGUCUCAGCGCAACGGCUGCAGAAUUCGUUCCUGAUAUGAGCCCCCAUGAUAUACUGCGCACUGUACUCGGAGACAAGCGAUCCAACGAUGAAAUAGAAACUGCUCUAGAAGCGAAUGGGUAUGACUUAGGGGCAACUAUUGCGGCUCUUACCCAAGGACUAGAUACAGAUGCCGCCUCAAGUUUACCGGACGAUAGUCGCGUUGUGGUCGGAAAGUCCAUGUCAAUGGACCCCCACAAAGGCAAUGCUACUCCAGUGCACAACCGCAGUCCGGUUGUCUGCAAGUACUGGCUGUCAACGGGCCAAUGCCUCCGCGCGGAUUGUCGUUUCAGCCACGACCUGACCAGUCAUCUUUGCAAAUAUUGGGUAAUGGGGAACUGCCUUGCAGGCGACGGAUGCCCAUUUUCUCAUGACCCCUCUGCACUUGUGGCCAACCUGAGCGUUGAGGGCACCCCGUCGGUCACGUCCGCCGGCAUCGCUUUCCAGGUAGAUAAUGCGCCGGAUGCCUUCCCACCCUUGCAGUCGACGCCCGGAUCAUCCGAUCAGUGGGCCGGCCAUCUAGGCGGGAAAUACCCAGGCUAUCUAUAUGGCGCCCCGGGAGGCAACAAUAAAUCGUAUCUGGCAGGAAAACGGACUGGAAGUUUCACAAGUCUAUCACGCCCCCACUCGCGUCCUGGAAGCCGACAUCAGCAUCGAGAACUUAACCCGGCAGCUCUGUCGGUGGACGACCCAGAUGCUUUCCCAACGCUUGCUGCCGUGAAUUCGAAGAACUCCGGCAAGAAAAAUCACGGAAGAAAGAGCCGCGACAACACUAGAGACAACGUGCCUGCUUCUCUGGCAGAUGUAGUUCGCAUGUCUCCAUCCCCUGUUCCAGGGAAGGGCAAGACCUCUUCCAAGCACGGCCAAACAAAGGGCCGUGAGAAUAGCGCCGCAGCGCAGUCGAUACCGGCGCCACAGCACAUCCCGUGGCUCGAGACCGGCGCUCGAACAAACCAGCAGUAUAUCAAGUACCGAACAGAGGCGAUCCGCCACGGUACCGUGAGAAACAAGUUUCUCCAAAGUGCCGCUCAAGCGUGGAACCGAAACGACGCCAGAGCGGCAAAAGCUCUAUCUCUACGCGGCCAGGCCGAAAACGAGGCCAUGCGCAAAUGCCACCGCGAAGCCGCCCGGCAGCUCUACGAAGAGCGCAACAAACACCUCCUAAACGCCGGCCUCGACGACGCAUCCGAAGAACUCUACGUCGACCUCCACGGCCUCCACCCUGAAGAAGCAAUCGAGUACCUCGAGAAGAUCCUCCUCAAACACGCGCGCGAAGGCCGCCGGAUCAUCUACGCCAUCACCGGCACAGGCCACCACUCCAAGAACGGCAAGGACAAGAUCGGAAAGGCAGUCAAGGCAUGGCUCAACGAGUGGAAAUACCUGUUCCGGGAGUUCAGCGUGCCUGGUGAGCGAGGCGGGUAUGUUGGUGGGAUCUUGGGCAUUGACCCAUCGAGCUAUGAUAAGGCUCUGGCGAAGAGCCUUGAGGAGGCGGAGGCGAAUGGGGAGGAUGCGGGUCCUGUUUUGACGAUGGGCAAGAUCCAGCUCCUGAAGCGGGGAGAUAUAGAAGCGCAACAGUGA